CCAAUAUGUGUUUAUUUCUGUGUAUAGUAAACACUUUUCAAGUUUGAUUUGAUUUUAUGAAGUGUUUAAUUAGAUAAAUAAGUUUAGGGGUUAUGUUUAGGGUGUGGACGACUUAUAUUUCAGUCGUCUGUUGAAUAAUUUACACGGACGACGUAUAUUUCAGUCGUCCACAUCGUACCGAACCUUUAAUUUUACCAAUGUACGUUUUAACCUAACCGGAUCAUUUACCGGACAUAUAAAAGCUAUUUUUUCACUUUCACAAUUUUACGAAACCCUAGCGCCGUUUCUCUCCAACGGCGAUUUCGAAGGCGAUAAGACGAAAACCCUACCGUGGUCGUGUUCCGCCGUUAUCUUCGCCGGUAAUCUCUCCGAUUACGACGAAUCUCGUUUCUCCUUCAUGCCGUAGAGUAUUUUCGUAGUUUAAACUGACCGUCCGCUUCUUUUUUUCAGAUCUGAAAUCUCGUUUGCCAAACUCCGCCGCCGAUCUGUAACGGCUUGGGGCCACAUCUUCUCCGACCAUAUCUUCUCGGACAAUAUAUUCUCCAACUGCCUUUAAAUGGAUUUACCAGAAUUCCCGCCGAGGAUGUUUACAUUAGGAGAAGAGCCUGAUGCAAUCAGGAGCAUUUCGUAUCAUUCUGAUGACACGAAGUUGUUUAAAGCUCUAUGUGAUUGUCUCACAGCUGACAAAUAUGAGGAUCUGAAGGCGUCGAAGUUAGGAGUGUUCAUCAAAUUCAAGGAGCUUGACUUUGGUUGGACUUCAAGGCUGGUACAUUUUAUGCUCUCUUUCCAGCUAGACAUCAAGAAGAAGUUUGAGCUCUGGAGUCUUGUCGUUUCACAACCUGUGAGGUUUUCACUGAUAGAGUUUGAAUACCUCACUGGGCUGAACUGCGAUUACAUCAAGGACCUGGAAAAUCCAAGGUGUGAGGUUACGACGGAGAUGGCUGCUUUCUGGGAGAAGAUGCGUGUUGAUAUCGAUACUGGGCCAAGUAUUGAUCAGAUAACAGAAGCAUUUUACAACUGCGACGAGUGGUCUCGGGAUGAUCGCAUGCGGCUGGGAUACCUUGCCAUCUACGCAGGGUACAUCGAAGGGAAAAAGUUCUCAUCCGCUACAUCAGCUAGUAUUGCAAGGCUAGUGAUGGAUUUAGAAAAAUUUGAGAAUUAUCCAUGGGGGAGAGUGGCGUUUAAGGUGCUGAUGGAUUCUCUGAAGGCAAAACACUUGACGCAAACUGGUUACACUGUUGAUGGGUUCAUACAAGUGCUCCAAGUGUGGGCGUACUAUGCUCUGCCAGAAUUGGGUGCUAAUUAUGGGUCUCCCGUACCAAACAGACCGUCUCCACUGUUGCUGGCUUACAAGGGUGGCAAAAGACAACGCAAAUUUUUUAAGGCUGCUAUCAAUAAACAGACUAUCGUGAAGAACUUCGUUCAGAAGGAUUUUGAUGAAAUGUUUCCAAAAUGGGACGGAGACGUAGAUGACCCUGCCGCGGAUAACAUAAUUAAAGUCAUGUUUAAUGAUCCUGGAUGGGAGUGGACCAUGGAAUGCUGGCCAGUCACCGGUACUCGCAAGGUUGUGAAGAUGGAAGUGAUUCCAGUGAAGAAUGAAGUGAGUCCCGUGAAGUCAGAGAGUGUUGUGAAGGAAGAAAGUAGCAGACCUCGGAAGAAAGCUCGUAAAGGGUCUUCUGUUUCUGCUGAGAAACCUGCGGCGGGUAGUGAAGGUCAGCAGAUUGAAAAGACCUUGAAGGACAUAUCUGAUGCCAUUAAUCUUGGCUUUGGGACGUGUCUUAAGGAGCUCAAGUUACUGGCGGAUAGGAUUGAAGCUGUGGAGAAGAAGGUGGGAAUCACCAACAGAGGGGGUUCAUCUGAUGAUCGUCAACUUACAACCACUUCAAAUCCACCAAAACCUGUUGACGAACCCGGGAGUGAAAGUGUGAAUGGGGCGAAAGCAGGACAGAAGGAAGCCAAAGAACCGAGUCUUACUACAGAACCGAGUUCCUCGAGAGAGCUCUGUCUUGUGAGUCCUGCAGACGACUUACCGAGUGAAGAUCCUAGCCUUCUUAUAUUGGACAAACAAGUUUCGACCGCUUCAGAUUUACUCGUUGAAGAAGCUAGAAGGCAGACAAAGAAGGAGACUGCUUUGGUGAAUCUCCGUAAAAAAAGUGUGCGAGAAAGGAAGCUUGCUCCCACACAGCAAACUCCUUUUAAGGGAAACAGCACUGCCAAACAGAUCAUUCCAAACAAACAGGUUGGCGGAGGCUAUGAUCCUUUUGCACCUAUAAACCCUGUGUUGCUUCCGGGGUUUGCGUCCUCUCAUCCUGGAUAGCUCCAACCAAGAUUGCCAUCU